GUGAGACCGAGAGCCUGAAGCUGUUGGAGAGCCCUGGGGCAUCCCGUGCCGCCGCCAUGUGACGGAAUGCCGACACCCUUCGAAGUCCAGGAGCAUGCUCGCUCCUGUUCGGCCUCUUCGACAGACCGCUAUGUAGGCACGGAGGCUCCGAAGCCGGAGGAGGGCUUGCGCGACGAGCAAUACUGGCGUCAGGCCAUUGAGAAGGAUUAUGAGAUGCUUGGUCACGCGCCGCUGGCCUUGCGCCAAGAUCGGGAGCUGCUCUCGAAGCUGCUGGCGAAGCACGGACUUGCGCUGAUGCACUGCACCGGACUGCGCGGCGACCGGUCGCUGGUCCUCACGGCAGUGCGGCAGAACGGUGGCGCCUUCGCGUACGCCGAGCCCGCGCUGCGGGGCGACCGAGGCUUGGCGCUGGAGGCCGUGCAACGGAGUGGGCUGGCACUGCAGUUUGCCUCGGAGUCCCUUCGCAAUGACAAGGAGCUCGUGAUGCAGGCCGUGGAGCACUGUGGUUUCGCGCUACAGUUUGCGCCUCCAGUGCUCCGGGAGGACUUGCAAGUGGCCAUGAAGGCGGUGAGGCAGAACGGGGACGUCUUGAAGCUCCUGUCCAAAGAGCUGAGGGCCAAUCCGAAGCUGGUCUUGGAGGCCCUGAAGUCCUCGGCGCCCGCCAGCCUCGAGGUCGAGAACCUCUCGGACAGCGAGCUGGCACUGGCGCUCGAGGCGCGUGGGAGCCCGCUCCGGCAUGCUGACCUGCCGCUGCGCGCAGAUCGGCAUGUGGUGCUGGAGGCCGUGAAGCAGGAUGGCUCCGCCCUCUUUUUUGCCGAUGAGGCCUUGAAAGAGGAUCGUGGCCUGGUGCAACAGGCGGUGCGGCGCACCGGCUGGGCGCUCCGCCUGGUGCCGAGCAAGUGGCGGAAGGAUCGAGCGCUGGCUUUGGAGGCGGUGGAAAAGGAUGCAGUGGCCCUCAAGUUCGUUGCUGAGGAGCUUCAGCAGAACGCCGGCUUCGUGUGUGAAGCUGUGUCCAGGAAUGGAGACGCACUUCGCUACGUGGGUUCAGAGUUCCUUUGGGACCUGAAGGUCGUGCAGUGUGCUGUGCGUCAGAACGGCCUGGCGCUGCGCUUUGCCGUGCCGGAGCUGCGCUCCGACCUCUCGCUGGUGCGCGAGGCCACGAAGAGCACUCCCAAGGCGUUCGCCUAUGCCUGUGGGCCUUUGAAGUGGGACCGGCCGCUGGUCACCGAGAUGCUUAGUCUCGAUGGGACUCUUCUGCAGCACUUGCCGCAGGAGCUCCGCUGUGAUCGAGAUGUCGUCACUGCGGCUGUGCAGCAGAAGGGCCGGGCCAUCAUGUGGGCGUCUGGAUCUCUGAAGCAGGACGUGACUGUGGCCCUCGAGGCCGUGAAACAGGACGGCACCGCGCUGCAGCUUGUUUCGGAGGCAGUGAAAUCCUUUCGGAAUGUGGGGUUGGAGGCGGUGAAGCAAACCACAGAGGCUCUGCAGUUCGUCGACAAGCACCUCAGAAGCGAUGUGGAUUUCGCCAUCGCGAUCACGCAGAGCAACCCCGAGGUGGCGGACGCUGCGGCUGCAGAGCUGGAGGUUCCCACGGAAUGCCUGCUCUCCAUUGCCCGCAAGGCAGAGCUACGCUUCGAGAAGGAGGCCAUGCUGGAGAUGAUCCGCGAGAGCGGAUGGAGGUGCUUGCGCUUGGCGGGCAGCACAGUACGUCAAGAGGAAGAGGUUCAGAAAGCAGCCGUGGAACAGAGUUGGCGCUCAGUGAAAUGGAUGCUGGAACCCACGCUGGCAGUCGUCCUGACCGCUGUUGGGCAAGACUUGGCGGCGGCCGAGCUUUUGGGGAGCAUUGAGGAGAACAUGAAGGCGAUUGUGGCCAUGAACCACCCGGAGGUCAUUAAGUACCCGGCCUUCGCUGGGCGGACGCCCCUGCUCGCGGCGCUGCGGCAGAACGGGCAGCUCCUGCAGUUCGCCACCCCUGAGCUGCGCGAGGACUUUAAGGUGGUGGAGGCUGCGUUGAGUCAAUCGCCACAGGCGAUCCGUUUCGCGCGUGGCGCUGCCCUGGCCAAGUUGAAGGCCCAGCAGCAGGCCACGGCGCCCAUCUUGAGCUCUCCAGCGGCCACCCAGCAGGCAGAUUUGCUCCCCUGGGCCGCUGGCAAGCAGGAGAGGGCUGGCGCAGUGCGGCUGGGCUGGAAUCACAGGUUGGGAAGUUAAUUGAAUUGGUUCUUGUUUAUUCUAUCUAUAUAAUCCUAUAGUGCCGUAACUAAACGACAGUGUGGCCCGAAAGCACAGCAACAGACAGUUCUAACAGUCUUUGAAGAUGAUAAAGGCUGACGGAAAUCAAUCCCAGGUAGAUUUCUACAGGCACUGUGGUCUGAACAGAUGGUCAUGAUGACCAUGACAUCAUGAAGAUGAAGGGGUACGGUACUGGCGGUUUCGAGAAAUUCCCUCAUUCACAAGCAAUCCAUGCAUGGACGAGCAGUUUGCAGCAACUUCAAUCAGAAGCAACCAUGUUUUUUCCUUGGAAUCUAUGUCACUUCAGGUAAAUCCCAUUCGCAAAGGAUGCUGCUAGCAGUGUGCUACCAAAUGAGUUGUCAACAAGUGAAAUGAAUGCCACCACAAAACACGCACUCCUGGGCACAACCCCACCGUUUGAAGAUGAAGCCUACAGCUGAUACGCUUAGAUCGAUGCGCCUGUAUCUAUACGCCUAGACCUAGACUAUACGCCUACAUCUGAUGCGCCUUCAUUUGUACGCCUACAGCCUAGAGUCCUAGAGGUAAUCCGCCUGCAUUUCUGUCCAUUUGUGUACACUGACUUGCAUACACAGACAUUUGAUAUGAACCGUGAUGAUGAUGACGACGAAGAAUAUGAUGAUUAUCAUCAUGAAGGCGACGAUGUGGAACAUGAAGUUGACAGCUGUUCUUUACGAAGAACCCUUCGCAGGCGCUUGAGGGCACAAAGCUGUGUGAGGAUGAUUCUUACCUUGCGAAAUGGAGGGACGGGUCAGUGGACGGUGAGUGGAACAAUCUGGAAGUGGGGAUGAAUAGGGAGACCCCCCAAUGGAUUUGGAGUCAUUUUCCUUGUGGCAGGUGGUGGUAGGUGGUAGGUGGUCUAGUCAACAGUCUCCAAAAUACAAAAACACACCGUUUGUGGUGCAUGCCCCAACCCACGUCCCUGAUGUGGAUCUUCGCUCGUCGCAGCCCGGGUUGAUGGCAGGCUAGAUUUCCUCUAUAAACCAUGGACCCUCGGGGUCGCCUCUUUAGAUCUAUAAAAUGCACCUCUUGGUUUGGGGUUUGCCGUUCGAGAACGGUACAAUCAGCUGCCCGUAUUUGCAUGUCAGGACGAUGCAUCCCGCAUCGACUGGUGUUGUUGCGUCUGGGGGCCUCAACUCGCGGAAGCUAGCGGCAGCUAGUUGGAGUUAUUCUUGCUUUGCGGAUGGAAUGACCUGCCCAGUAAUAUAUGUUAACAUCAUCGUUCGCUGGCCGGCUCCCUGAAUUAGAUUUUUUGAGGCUUCGGUCUUAUUAAUGUCCAUCUUACAAAACCAAGAACUCCUUGACUGAGGCAGCCGGCGAAGAGUCGCCCUGGCAACAGCUCUAGCUGAGUGCUCCAGUUGCCUGGCGCGAGCGGAAUGGAAGCAGGGGAACUUUUAUACGGCGGGUGGCGAAGCAGUUCUAUAAGGCCUGUCCGAUGAAAGAGAUUGUGCCAUACUGCUGCACCUC